AUGUUAGGUACGUGGUCGAUCGAAAGCCCGAUGGACGAUCCCGAAUAUAUAUAUUCCGGCCAGCACGACGAAGGGUAUGACAGCGAUCGGAGCCCACGAGAACCAUCGAGCAGCCCCGCGUUCGAACCCACACAUCGCCAGCCCGAGCCCAUGCAAUUCAGUCAGCAGCAGCGACGGAAACCGCGUCCGUUUCGCGAGUGGUUGCGAUUGUUGACGGACACAUUCAUGGUGCGCGGGACGCAUAGUCCGAUGCAGUGGAUGCUCGAUUUGCGCACGUACGGCUUACGCAUCCAUUAUAGCAGUACGGCCACCGGCCACGUGAGCUGGUCCGGCCAGGACGAGUUGCUAUACAAGGAAAUCCACUUCACCAUGGGUGAUUUCCGGGGGUUUACUCACGGGUUGGUCGGCUCCGUACGCCAGCUACUACACCACGAGCUAUUGAUUGGCGACGCCGCGAGCGCACCCGCCAUCCCAUGGGCGCAGCUCAUGGACGACCCCACGCAGGCCAAGCCUGGGUGGUGCUUUUUAAACGACAGUCGCACCCCGUGGCCCAUCGACGGGGCCCAAUGGCUCGCCCGCCGGAUCCAGCGCGAGCCCCGAUUACAACAGCGAUUUGUCGACGGGCCCGAGCGUCGAUUCCGGAUGCGUGCCAUCGAACAGUACAUGCAGAGCGUGGUCCAGUUCCGUGAGAAGCUCGCCAUCGUUUGUCACAUCACCGCGGGCCAGCCCGGCCGUGCACCCGAGCUAUUGAGUGUCCGCCAUCGCAACACGGAAGGGGCCCAUCGCAACGUAUUCAUCGAGGAUGGACUGGUCGUAUUCGCGACGAAGUACCACAAGGGGUUUUAUGCGAGCAACGACGCGAAGAUCAUCCAUCGGUACUUGCCGCGCGCGGUCGGGGAGCUGGUGGUAUGGUAUUUAUGGUUAGUGUUACCAUUUGUGGAACGAUUACAGGCGUACCAGCACGAGGCUCGUGGUACGGCUCGCGAGACGAUUCAGGGUCUGCAGUCCCGUGCCGCAUACAUCUGGGCGCCCGACCCAACGAGUGGGCGUGAGUGGACGUCGGAGCGAUUACGGGAGGCGUUGAAGCGCGAGACGACGAUUGGGCUGAAUGGGUACGCAUUGACUUUGCCCGCGUACCGGAAUAUCGCCAUUGGGAUCAGCCGGCGGUAUUUACGGGUAUCCAGCGUUUUCCCCCAGAAUGUCCAGGACGACGGGACCAAGGUGCCAGCGCAUGACGACGAUGAACCCGAGGAUCACAUCGCGGAUUUACAAGCCGCGCAUUCAUCCCAUGUGGCGGGCAUGAUUUAUGGCCGCGAGAUCACCGAGCAGGCUGGGACGACGGCGCACCGACGGGAGAUGUUCCGAUUAUCCAGCACGGAUUGGCAUCGGUUUUUAGGGUUCGAGAGCGCCGAGGACGGCUUGGCCAGGGUGCUUGGCAAGCGCAAGCAGGGCCCAUGGGAGGCCGAGGCGGACGACCAUCGACGUCAGCGCCGAUGGCAGCUCCACGAGGCCAAUAUGACGGAGGCAUUGCAGCGGAUGACCAACGACGACCAGAGCCAGUUCCGCGGCGUCCAGGGGCCCGCGAUGCAGGCGAUCCAGCAUGGGGUGAGCCCCGUGGUCGUGGUGAUGCCGACGGGCGGGGGCAAGAGCAUGUUGUUCAUGUUACCGGCAUGGGUCAGCGGCGGGCUGACGGUGGUCGUCGUCCCAUUGAUUGCUUUACGCCAGGACUUGCAGCAGCGAUGCGCGGUGGCCGGCAUCUCGUGCGUGGAAUGGGAGAGCCGGCGGCCGCCCGACGAGGCGGCCAUUGUACUCGUCACGCCCGAAUCCGCGUUGAGUGAGGAUUUCAUCACGUUUUUGAACCGACAGCAGGUAUGUCCCCCCGCGAUCCGAGACCCCAGCCGGCGCCCCCAGUUUAGAACCGGGGUUGUAAGGAUGCGUUCGAACCCCGGUUUUAAAACGGGGGCCCAGGGAUUAGGGUUGAUGUCCCCAUGUCCCACCGUCACCAACUGA